AUGAUUAUUUUUAAAAAUAAUUUUAUUAUAAUAAUUUUUAUUAUUUUAUUUGAUAUAUAUUUAUGUUUAAAUAUAACAUCUAAACCAAAAACUACUAAAAAAAUUUUAACAUAUAAAACAACUGGUAAAAAAAAUUAUCAAAAUUUAAUAAAUAUAAAAUCUACUUCUAUUAAUAAAGAUGAUAAUAAUGAUUAUAUAAAUGAAUGCUACACAUCAAGAACAUAUGCUUAUUUUUUUAAUGAUUUUAUUCCAACUAAAUGUGUACCACCAGUAAAAUAUUGUAUUUCUAUUGAUGGAUAUACACAUAUUUAUCCAUAUAGUUUUGGUAAAGGUUGUGCUAAUUCUCCUUUUUCAAUUGAAUGUGAUAAAAUAUCAUAUAAUCGUUCACAAUUACAAACAAAUCAAGAGUUUAAUGAUUCAAAAUUUCUUCAAGGAAUAUUAAGAUGUUGUACAAGAAAUUUGUGUAAUUUUAAAUACCAAAUAAAAUAUUCAAAAUUUAUCAUUUUAUUUUAUUUUAUAAUGACAUAUUAUUCGACGGUUUAA